AUGGGUAAUCUUUGCAGAUAUGAGGAUUCAUACCAAAAAAGCAAUAGCUUAAGAUUUUCAUAAUCAUUUUCCUAAUACGAUGUAGAAUAAGUGAAGAUAAGCAAUACAAAUUUGACAGUUGUUAGUUUAGAUAUAUAUAAAUAUUUAAAAUUUUAGAAGGUUGAUGCAAUAUUGUGUAUUCAAGAUAGCCACUUAGAGUUUCCAGAUAAGGUUUUCAAGAAUUAUGUGGGAGAUUCCGUAGUAAAAGAAUGUAAAGAAUAUAUAAAACUACAUGAAGACCUCAUUCUGAAUAAAGUUAUGCAUACUAAAGGUGGAAAAGCAAACUGUAAAUACAUAAUACACGGUGGUUAUAUAAAGGAUACAAAUGAAAAUUAUGAUGGUGAUAAUCUUAGACGUUUAAUUACUGAAUCUUUAACUCAUGCAAGCGAUAUUCUUGAGUGUCAAACAAUUUUAUUGCCUUUAAAUUAAUUAAAAACAAGAACAGUGUCAACUUGUGCCAGUGUAAUUCUAGCUUGUUAACAUUAUAUAUUAGAAAACCAAAAUAAUAAAUUAAGAAAUAUCAUAUUUGUUGGAAAUUAGCAUGAGGAAUAAAGUAUUAAACUUUACAGGUCAGCUUUGACUGCAAAUCAAAAAACAGAACUAUUUGAUCAUAAUGGCUUUGAAAACUCUUAUGAUGAAAUAUAAAAAUUUGAAGAAUUUCCCAACUCUAAUGACAUAAAUGGUAAAAAAAAUGAGAGAGCUGAAAGUAAAAAAUUAGCAUCAUCAUCAUGUGCCUAAUUAGAUUUAUAAAAUUAUUAAACUUCCAUAAAUAAAUCUUUAAUCCGUACAAACAGCUAAUCAAGUCAAAUAAAAGAUCUUAAUACUAGUCAAUUGAACAAAUCAGGCAAAUAAGCUUAAAAAAGCAAGUUGUAUUAAGAAGAUCAAUAGAUGCAAUUUGGUGAAUUUGAAGUUUAAACAGACACUGAACAAGAGUAAUAAGGAUCAAAAAUUCAUAGAACUAGUUAAUAAAGAUAAUAAUCAAGCUAAAAUUUAGCAACAAGGUAUCAUUCUUCUUAUGAAUCUGGCAUUUAAAAAGAAAUGAAUGUAGAAAAGACUAAAUCAAUGCUAAAAAAAGAGCUGGAUCAUUAUAACAAUCCUUUUGAAAAUCAGAUUAAUUUUGAAGACUAGCAUUAACUUUAAUAAAGCAUGUUAAAGGCAAAAAAAAAUAGAAGUAAAAAAAUGAAAAAAGAAUUAAUGUAAACUAAUAUUACAGUCGGAAAGGACGAAGAUGAAACCUUAGAAAAAGAUGAAUAAUUUUAUGAUAAUAUUGUUGAAGACUCUUUCGAUUCUCAGUCUGGAUUAGGCAGCUAGUAAAUAACAUCAUUAUUAAAUAAUAAAUAAUAGUAAUACCAACCAAUAGAUAGUCUUUUAUAUAAUGUAAAGCUAAACUUAAAAUAAGACAGCAACGAUAUGCAGAAUUUUUUUAUUAAUUCAAAUAAUUAAAGUCACAAGUUUGGUUCCUCAUCAUAUUAAAAUAUUUAAUCAGAUGUAUGA